AUGUUUGCCCCAGGCCAGGAACAGCUCUCCCAGGAGCAGAUCAGGGCCGGUGAGAUCGAGGCCAGCCAGACCAUCCGCAUGGCCAUCUCCGGCGGUAUCCUGCUCUACCUCUCUCCCUUCGCCAUCGACUUCGUCAAGAAGUUCCUGUAAUCGACUCGUCAAGAAAUUCUACAAUCGACCCGGCAAGACGUUGGUGUAUACGAAGGAAAGAAGGCAUCGCAUCAUGUAUUAUAUUGUUACAUCCGCAGGUUAUCACAAAUGAGGACUCGCUGUCCCGGCACUCGGUUACUUUUAUGCUCUAUGAACCACGGUCAAGAACGUGCGGGUACCAGCCAGCUCCUAGAAACUCCUUGCUCCAAACAGCACAACCCAAACAUAAACCCGUUUCAGUGAUUCCCGCCCCCGGGCAGCU